GUUUAUAAAAAUACCUUGUUAAGCAUCUGUUCUCCAUACUAUCCAUGUCGAUUUUUGUUAUUUGCAUUCAUACAUUUGUUUUUUACACUCAUAAGUAUCAGUUGUCUUCAUGCAGUGUCCUGCUCCUCAUGUAUAGCAGACACUGUAAUAGGAAAGAAGUUAAAUAAAACUAAUGGAAUCUAAUAUUUCUAUUCUUUGUGUAUUAUAAAAAUAUAUUAAUUAAUUUUCUGUAUACUAAUAUUUGGCAUUAAUAAAAUUUCCAAAAUGUAAUUAAUUUCCAAAAUGUAAUUAAUUCUCUUUUCAGUUAAUAUCCAGCUCAAGUCUGACUUCUAUAUAUAGCAAGCAAUACUGUAAACUUUCAGAAUUAUUAGUAAGUGCUGAAUUUAGAAUAGCCAAUUAUUUCAUAUCAAUAAAUAGCCAAAAAGUCACCUAGAUCUAUAGGUGACUUUUUGACAGUAUCUUCUCCCAUAACUGUAUGUAGGUACUUGGAUGGGAGACUACUAGGAAAUCUCUACAUCUUGAAAAAAAAUGCCAAGGCUUUCUUAUUAUUGCCAAGUAAACUACCUGCAUGAGUCUUUGAAUUGAGAAGUCAAACUUACAGUAUAAACCAAUGGAUAUAUAUAUUUUAUUUUUGUCUGUUGUGUUAAAAUUAUCUUAUGAUUUAAAAACAUAAAUCAGAAAAUCAGAAAUAUUUUAAAUAUAUAUUAUAAUAUUCAAAGAGAUCUGGCAAGUAUAUAGCAUAAUGAUUAAAGUAGCAAGAUUAUAAUUUAUAAAAAAAAUCAAAAGCAUAAAUUUACAAAUAGGAUAAUUUAUAUGUAAUAGGAUAUAAAAUAUAGUAUAUUUAAUAUUUGUGUGAUAAUGACCCUCUAUUCCAUAUGUUUGUCUUCAUGGUGCUAAUGAAACUUAAUGCAGGUUCUUAUGAACAAGUGUUGCCUGGGAACUGGAAAACAUAUUUCUCAUUUCAAUUCAUGGCAGUGCCCAAAAACAAGAAAUUCAAAAUGACUAUUUCUAAAUACAGUAACAUUUUUAAAAGCCUGUCUAUUUAAGAAUAAUACUAAAACAUAUAUGUAGCUAUGUAACAACAUAGUGCAAGAAAUAAUACAAAAUGUAGCAAUAAUUAACAGUAUUAAAUGAGUUGGCAAAUGCUGACGUUGAGAACAUAUUCUUUUGGUAGAAUAAUAAAUAAUUUAUGAAUGUUUUACCUUUAUGAAAAGAUUCCUAAGAGAAAUAUCAAUUUGGGGAGAAAUUUUCUAUCACACAUCCCAGAUUCUACUCAUGGUUGCUCUGAAACUUUAUUUCUCCCAUUAAUAAUAUAUCAGGAGAAUAAACCUAUUUUAAUUCUCGGAAUAUUAUUUUGUACACAAUAGAUGCACAAUUGGUCCUAAAUUUUGCAAGAAUAUAUCUAUAUAUAUGCCUGUUUUAUAAUUAAUACUUCACUUUUAAAAAUACAAAUUUCUCCAUACCAUGCAAAAAUAAUUUUACGAGCCAGAAAAUAUUAUUUAUAAGGCUGUGGAAAAUUCUCAUUCAAUUUGAAAAUGCUUUAAUUUAAUGCCCGAAUUAGGUGGCAAACAUGCAGAUUAAAAACCUAUUAUUUAUUGCCAUCUAGUGGCUAUCUGGAGUUUUGCAGCCCGGAUCUGGUAGUCCUAUAUACUAAGUGCAAUUAUGUCAAUUAAAUGUAAGGAAUUUAAAUAAGUAUUAAUUGCAUAAUUGAUAGCUCAAGUGAUUCCUUAUUCCAUUUUAAAAACAGCUGAAUGCCUUAUGAUACCACUUAAACAUGAUGCGUUCAUCUGCUAAAAAAUGUGCAUACAAGCAAAAUAAAGCUUGUUCACCAUCAUUACUCUUAUACAACAAUGUGAAUGUGUGAAUUCUUGAAAAAGUAUAUUCCUAUUAAGUUUAGCUGAGAUAUGUCUCAGGUACGUCUCACAAUUCUUACAAUGAGUUUUAAUUCUAGUUUAUUAUAAACUAGUUAAUUGAGCUGGUUGAUCUCUAGAAUGACUUAAGAGAGACUGAUUAUUCCACUAUUAAAAUGAUUCAGUUGGUUGCCAGUUUGCUUUGAGGCAUAAUAUAAAUAAUUAUCUUGAAAGCCCUUAGAAGCCUCCAUCCAAAUUACCUCAGAGAGUACCUUGUUCUGCAUGAUCACUACCAUUCAUUAAGGGCUUGGGGGGAGAGCUGCUUAUAGUUGCUGUUUGACCUUCUCUGACUACUCAACCAAAAUAUUGUAAAAUGGGUUCCCAACCCCUGGGCCUUGGGCUCGUACCGGUCCUUGGCCUGUUAGGAAUCAGGCCACGCAGCUGGAAUUGAACCGCAGGCAAGCAAGCAAAACCAAAACCACACACCCCCCAGUCUGUGGAAAAAUUGUCUUCCAGAAAACUGGUCCUUGGUGACAAAAAGGUUGGGGACUGCUGCAGUAAGAGAUCUAAGAAUCUUUGCUGACCUUUAAGAAGGCCCAAAAGUUGCAUUUUGUCUAAUUAUGGAUAAUUCACUUCACACCUGAAGAUUUUUGUGAUGGGUAGGAAAAUAUUGUGUGGGCCCUAGAGUGAUCUAUUAAAAAUGUGGGAUAAAACUAAAGUAGGUUUCUUGGAGAUAAGCCUAUUUUCUAUUCCUGGAUGCAUAGGAAUUGGGGUUACAAAAAUGGUAGGUUAAUUCUCUGAUGCUUUCAGGUUCUGCUUAUUAUUUUGAAAAAUUGGCAGAGGAAAGAUCAUGCAGUUCAAACAGAACUUAUGUAGUCUAAAAUUUAAGUCAUGCACAUGUUUACUAUGUUAGACAAUAAAAAAGUGGCUUAACAAUAACAUAAAAGCUAAAAGUGAAGAACAGACCUCUCAGUUUGAUUAUUGGUGGGAAAUCUUUUGGAAAUACAUACAUCACAUAAAUGAAUUGGUCACAAGUUCAUAAAUAUAUUGAUAAUAUCACAAGUUAUAAACAAAGUAUAGUAACGUAUCAAUAAUGAAUGCAAAUGAAUCUACACAAAACUCAAUGCCCACAUACAAAUAUAAGCCGUGUUUUGUUGAACAUACUUAGUGAGAAGAAGAUACGGACUUAUGACGUUCUUUAUAUGAUAUAUAUGGAAUUCCUUGUGUGAUCCCUCAAAUCAUUUGUAAGAAUACAAUUAUUUCUAUAAAUUGCAUGCUAUUAAACUUUCUAGACAUAAAUAUUGAAUAUGGAAGUUUAUAGUUUUCUAUAUUUUUUUAAGAUUACACAUGUACUUCUAUAUUCCCAAGCUUUAUUCUCCUCUAUUUUAUUUUAUUUAUUUAUUUAUUUAUUUAUUUGAUUUCUAUACCGCCCUUCUCCCGAAGGACUCAGGGCGGUGUACAGGAAAGAAUAAAACAGACGGUACAAUAUACAAAUUUAAAAUGCAGUUAAAAAACUUAUUUUAAAAUUGGCCUGAGAAGUAAAAUAUAUAAUAAGCUAAAAAAACCCAUUUAAAAUUAAUUUAAUUUGCUCUAGUGCAAUUUUUUUCUGUUCCCUUUUUUUUAUUUACAGUUUUUUGUUCAUGUAUUGAUUUGGAAUAUAGGCAGGAAGGAAAAACAAACUCUGCUCAAGCUUUUCCCAACAAUUCCUUAUCAAGAAAAUAAAUGACAGAGGAGAUAUGCCAGAAAAGGCUUGGAAAUUAAGACUAAUUGUUGAAUUUGAUAUGUAAAGAAAAAUGUUUACUCUUCUUUAUUUUUAAAAAAAUUAGAAACUUAAAGUCUUGAUUAAAUCUAGAUAUAUAUUUUUUGUCACAGGUGCUUAGAAAUAUUAAACUAUUGAAGUAUUCUGAUAAAUAAACAGGUUUGUCCUCUCUACCAUUUUUCCCUUUUAUGGUCAUUCCCAAUUAUCUGAUCCUUCAAUUCUAGAAAUAUGUAGUGGUGUAAUCUGAAGAAUUUGGGCUCAUUCAUACAAUUAGUGGUAAUAAAUGUUUUCAUAGUGUACCAUUUAAUAAUUGCAACUGAUAAUGUCAUUCAACAACAGUUGCUUGGAGAAUGAAAAUAGUACAACAUGUUUUCUUGAUUCACAUUCCAGAAGGUUCAGAGUUCUAUUAAUAAAAACAAUAGACUCACCCAAGCUUUCUAGGUACAAUAAGCUUUGAUGGUCAUGAAAGGAAUGCCAUAGAUACUAUUCAACUCAAUAUAUGUGGUACUGAGGAUUCAGCAUAUUAUUUUUCUAAAACUAUGUGGUGAACUGUUGAGCCACUAAACUAUAAAGUAUGCAUGCUAAAUGAUGUAUGUAAACCAACUGUCUUAAGAAAUGUAUUUUGAUAAUGUCUGGAUAACUAUUCCUUCCUUUCAAUAUGGGGUUCAUUUUCAAGAACUUUGUCAACUUGGUAUUCCCAGUACUUUUGCUGCAUUUGAACCCAAACUUCUGGCAAAGUUUCCAAUUAUUAUUGUUGUUGUUGUUGUUGUUUGUUGCACAGUCAGCCAGAUGUUCAGAUUGGAUUUGGUAUUUUUGUCUACCUGUCAAGUCCUUUCCAAGGAUCUCGAAUAGGCAGAUCUUGGAUGUUUGAUAAUGUUAUAUCGUAUCAGGAUAUAAGCUGUUCCGAGUAAAGCUGCCUUUUGCAAUUGACUGGUGGUGAAUUUGUCAAUGCCCGUGGUGUCCAAAUGGUGCUCCAGAUGUUUUGGGAUUGCACCCAAGACAGCUACUACUGCCACAGUUAUUCCAUUUCUGUUUGCAAGUCUUUGUAUUUUGUUAGCUUCUCCAGUUCUUUAUCUUCUAUUUUCCUUUCUCCACAUAUUGCCAUGUCUACUAUCCAGACUUUUUUGUUUUUCUUAUCGACAGUUGUUAAAUCUGGCGUUUUAUGUGGCCGGAGCCUGUCUGUUUGAAUUCUAAAGUCCCAGAGCAAUUUAGCUUUUUCAUUUCCUAUGACUUUUUCUAUUUUAUGGUCCCACCAGUUCUUGCUUGCAGAUAAAUGAUAUUUCUUGCAGGUCUUUCAGUGUACUAUUGUGCAGAUCUUCCAGGGCAAUCUGCAUGAUGAUGAUUAACAUUAAAAACUAUAAAAGAUAUCUAAAAAGAAAUAAUGGACAAAGGAAUGUUAAUAGUAACAGAGCCACCUCACUAGUUCAUUAGUUCCCUAGGUUCACCUGGCUUGCUAAUGUAAUAAGGUUUUGAGGGACCUUUGGAAGGUCUGGGGUGAUGGUGCCAGUCUAAUACGUCCCAUGCAUGCCAGUGAUCAUCCAAAUUAUCAAGUAUUGUUGGGUCCAGCAAUGGCUUCCUGAGAAAGAGGUAGACCAAGACCUUCUUAAGAGGCAAAGGAUCAACCCUUCAUUCAAGAGUUUUCCACCACUAGAGCUUACAUGCCACCCCCCAGCUUGCUUUAACAAGUCAGGAGGGGCAUUGAUCUAAAGAGAAGAGGCUGAACUCACAGUCUUCUGUUCACUUCAUCGGGGCCUACAGGUUCAGAUAAUUUGACAAGACUUUGUCCAUUUUUUAUAGCUUUGGAGCUAUAACAAGGCUGGCAUCCAAUUGUGAGAAAAUUUGAGAAACUUUUUCUGACAGAUUCUUACACAUGGCCCUACAAAGAAUUCUGUGAGUUCCUUUAUCCAAGAGAGACUGUGUCAGCUGAAACAGGAGUAUAGGACAGCUAGCCAUCAAUGCAAUAAGGGCAGAAAAGUAAUGGCACUUCACCAUUCCUAACACUCUAGGCCCAUGAUGGCGAACGUAUGGCAUGUGUACCACAGGUGGCACGUGUAGCCAUAUCAGUGGGUACGUGAGCUCAGUUCCGGUGCACAUGUGCACGCCGGCCAGCUGAUUUUUGGGCCUUCUGGGCCCACUAGAAAUAGGGAAACAAGCUGUUUCCUGCCUCCAGAGGGCCUGGGUGGUGGUGGGGAAGGCCCGUUUUUCUCCUCAUCUGGCUCCAGAGCCUCUCUAGAAGUCUGGGGAAGUGGCAAACUGCCUUUCCCACCCUCCCCAGGCCCUCCAGAGGUCAGAAACGGCCCGUUUACCAGUGGUUGGACAGGAAGUGACUUUCUUGCUGUCUCCAGCCUCCAGAGCCUCUCUGGGACCCUGCCUUCCAUUGAGGACCUGUAUACUGCACUAAUCAAAAAGAGGACUGUGAAAAUAUUUACAGACCCCUCACAUCCUGGAUAUAAAUUGUUUCAACUCCUACCCUCAAAACAACGCUAUAGAGCACUGCACACCAGAACAACUAGACAGAAGAACAGUUCUUUCUCGAACGCCAUCACUCUGCUAAACAAAUAAUUCCCUCAACACUGUCAAACUAUUUACUAAAUCUGCACUACUAUUAAUCUUCUCAUCGUUCCCAUCACCCAUCUCCUUCCACUUAUGACUGUAACUUUGUUGCUUGUAUCCUUAUGAUUUAUACUGAUAUUGUUUCCUGAUUGCUUAUUUGUAGCCUAUGACUAUCAUUAAGUGUUGUAUCAUUAAGUGUUAAAUUUGUACCCUAUCAUUAAGUGUUGUACCUUGAUGAAGGUAUCUUUUCUUUUAUGUACACAGAGCAUAUGCACCAAGAAAAAUUCCUUGUGUGUCCAAUCACACUUGGCCAAUAAAAUUCUAUUCUAUUCUAUUCUUGUAUUGCUUCAAUUCCCUCAGUUCCUCUGUAAAUCACAAGAGGGAUCUGUUCCACAGGAGGGAAAAGGUCACAUAAGGAUCUGAUCAAAAGACGCCACUGUCCCCUCCCCCUUUCCAAGCAGCCAUUAAGGCCUUGGAUAGAUCAUGCAACAGACCAACAGGAACAACCCCAGCUCCCUCUGAAAUCCAGAUCCAUCAGUAGCUGCGGGUGGAUCAAACUAAUAUGUCUAGCUUCCCUGCAGUGGGUAGUGGCACCAGAGAAUCCCACAGUAAUCAGGAUGUGAUCUAACCAUGAAAAAAAGGACACCAAAAACUGUACAAAUGGAGUCAAGGUGGUCAGGCAGCCUAUACAGCUGUGAGGCUGAUCCCUAGAGCAUAUUGUACUACUACUCCAGUUUUAACAGUUAUCCUCCAGAUUUAUCCUUUUUCAUAUUUUUAUCCAGUGAAAUAGAAUAGGCUGCAAGAUGGUCAAUAGAUUACCUCAAAACAUUCAAAUCAAAUCAAACGUAGUUUCAAUGGUACAGUAAUGACAAUCAUAAAGCGGGUCGCCACAUAAUGGUGCCCAAUUUUAUCAUCUUUUUCGUGGUAGUUGUUAAGUGAAUACUGCUAUUGCAAAGCAAGCACUGCGUUUGUUAAGCAAACCCAUUAGCUUUUUCCUUUCCCAUCAUGGUGAGACCAAUUGCUGGCAGCAUUGGAAUGAUAACGUUAAAAUUAUAGCUAGCUGUUGUCAGUUUUAUCUUAACACUGAGAAUUUAUACAGGAUAAUUUUUGCUUUUGUUUUUUCUCUUUAGUUCUGUUUUCUUUUUUUAUUGUCUCACUUAAGAUUUUAAGUCUGAUUGUAAUGGCCACCUCUGCAUAGGCAAGUCUCUAGAAGCAAGUCUCUAUUAAAUCAGUACACACAAAUGAUUGUAUCCUAGUAUGUUCUACCUCUAGGAAGGAAGCCCGAGAGAUAUAGUUGGUGGUAUAGCUUGAAAAAACAUCUCCUUCCUUCUCCCUCAAGUAAAACAGGAAAGUGGACCUUGCUAGAUAUUUCUCUUGAGCCUUUCUGAGAGCAACAUGGUAGUGGGAAGGAAAACACAGCCCCUUCCAAGAUGGAGUGGCUGAAUAAAUUCAACCUAUUCUGGCUUCCAUAGUUAGUAAGGAGCCAAUGGGAAAGAGUGUUAAUUUAUGUUUGAUCAUUUUGGAUGUGUACAAAGCCUCUUAUGGUUCAUCUAUUCACAACUAUUUUUCCAGAAGCUCUGUCGCCAUUCUUGAGGAAGCUAGCUAUAGUCCCUUUAUGUCCUCUGCAAAUGAGACCCAUCUAUUUUAUUUUUUUUGCUGCUGUGUUUUGUAUUAAAGCACACACUAUUUUAAAUGUACCAUUUUGGUGCCAGUUUGUAUCUUGGAGUUUAUACUGUGACAAGAUGAUUAGGACAGCCUAAGACUUUCAAUCAGACAAUUAUUAUGCCAGGUUAUGCCCAGGAGAGUAUCAUCUGGCCACAUAUAUUAAAUGCUCCCUAGAUUAAAUGGGUGCCUGAGUUUAAAUUGCUGUUUAAGUUUUUUCUUUCCUUUUUUGUAUGAGAGAAAUAAGAUGAUAUUUCCCAUAUUUUAUACUUCUUGCUUUCUCCAUGUUUGGAGGCAAAAAGGGUGGCUCAGUGAAAACCCAUGGAAACAACCAUAGUUCUAUUACCCCAGGCUAUCCUUGUUGCAUGGGGCUGACUGAUCUGAUGGUAAAUUAGAUCUUUACAUUUGUCUAUUAAUGUGUAACUAAAUGUGCAGUAUAAAUGCUUUAAACAAACAAGUAAUUUGUCUCAAGCCUACAUAUAGUGCAAAUGCAUGCCACAUAUUAUUCAAAACUAAGCAUUAUGGGUGUAUUUGAGAAGAAUGGAGGGCAAGAAGUAGAUUGGAAUCUAUUAGUAGAUCUCAGAGUUAUUUAAACUAGAUUAUUCAUUAUUUCUGACUCCUGGUUGUUCUUAAUACAAUAAAAAUAAGUGUCGCCCUUAUAUGCUGUAAUAAAAAAAUAGAAGGGAGUGUUUACGAGAAAGAACUACAAAAGAAUUCUGCUAUGGAAAAUUCCUAGGCUAUGAUGCACUGCAGAGAUGCCAUAUUCCUUAAUUUUAAACAUAUGUCUGCUUUUCUUUCUUAAACACCAUACUGACCUUCGGCUCUGGCUGGUGGAAUGUAGACAUGAAUUUAACAUUUGAAGUUUGUCUACCUAUUCCAAAAACAUUUAUUCAUUUUAAAUACAUGGUAAAAAUAGAUUUUUACACUUAUUUGCAAAUGAAUCAAUUUUCUUACAAAGGGUACCAUGCUACACACACAUGUGUUUCUGCUAAGUAAGACAGAAGUGGUUGCUAAGUCAUAUAAGGUGGAGUGCAGGCAAAGAGAUCUGGUGAUUGGCUGGCUCAGGCAAAUAGAGCAUGUCAGUCCAGCAGCCUAGUUUCUGAAGCUACCUCUGCUCCUAAUUACUCUUUUACUUCACCCUCAUCUAAAGACAGUGAGCAGUUUAACAGUGAACCUGACAUUCUGUUGGGAAAUUAGAAAAUUUGGGAUUGUAGUAUACAAAUCAUUUCACUUAAUCAGAAGAGUCUCUUCUAAUGUUGGCAUUACAAAUAAGCCUAUAUCCUUUAAGUCCCUCUGGCCGUCCAGGACAAGCAUUUUAAAAUAUAUUUUAAAAUAUAUUUUAAAUACAUGUAAUAUUUGAGAUAGGUUGAAAACCAGACAAUAGUCAGAAAAUCUACAUAACAGUUGUUUCCAACACAACAAGUUCAAGGAAAAGAUAGUGGAUCCCUUCUUCUCACAAACCUACCUUCAUCCAUCCAUCCACUUACCCACCCACCCACCCAUCCAUCCACCCAUGAUGCUCAUCUCAUCAAAAGCCACUUUGGAUAGUGUACAACAAAGCUAAAACCGCAUAAAUACAAAAAUGUUUAUUAUUAAUUAUGAAUCUAUUAAAACUAUAAAAAACAGAACAAACAGAAAAAUGAUAGGUGAAGAGAUGUUAAUAAUAGUAGAGCUACAUUACAAGUUGAACACCCCCUGGGGUCCCCAGCCUUGCUGGCAUAACCAAGUGUUAAGGGACUGUUAGAAGCUCAGUAUUUGUUUACUAUAUACAAACAUGUAUUUAGAUUGGGGGGGGGUGUAAUCCCAUUUUUUCCAAAGGAUAUUUGGGAUUAGGUCUUUAUUAGGGUCAUCAUGGGACAGUGUUUCUAGCACAGCUUUGAAUAAAAAUCCAAGAGAGUCUUCCAUUUAAAUAAUGUAAACAGACCCAUGUCAUAGCUAAGCUGAUUCUUUCUUACUUUAAAAAUAGAACAUGCCAAUGCAAUCUUUUCUUUCCCUCACUCUAGCUGCCUGUUCUGUUAGUAAAUGUUGCUGAAUGGGUUUAACUGUAGUGACUGUUCUACGCGAAGCUAUUCUAAAAUAAGUACAGCCAGAAUGUCAAGGAAGAAAGAAAUUAGUUAGCAGAUUAUGAAUGUUCUGCAGGGAAUAGCAUUGAUGACACAGGUCUUGGCAGGAGUUUAAAAAAAAUGUCCACAGAUGCUGUGGUUGAGAGGAGCAGCAUUAAACAGAAUCUCUCAAAGAGAAACCUAGAAUGCACAGAAGAGCGCCCUGUGAAACGGAAGGCUAACUGGGGCAUUCUCACCAGUCAAGGCUCUUGGGCAGAUCGUUCACCCCUGCAUGAAGCAGCAAGCCAAGGGCGCCUUCUUUCUCUCAAAACAUUAAUUGCACAGGGAUACAAUGUAGAUGCUUUAACCAUUGAUCAAGUGACACCAUUGCACGAGGCAUGCCUUGGAGAUCAUGUAGGAUGUGCUCGGAUACUUCUCGAAGCAGGAGCAAAUGUGAAUGCCACAACUAUUGAUGGGAUAACACCCUUAUUUAAUGCCUGCUCAAGAGGGAGUGCAUCUUGUGUACAACUUUUAUUGGAACAUGGUGCAAAAAUUCAAUGGGAGACAUGUUUUCCUUCGCCAACUCAUGAAGCAGCCAGCAGAGGUCACAGUGAUUGUCUAGAAUUGCUGAUUUCUUGGGGCAUAGAAGUUGAUCUAGAUGUUCCUCACCUAGGAACACCUCUAUAUGUGGCUUGCUUUUCACAGCAGAAACAAUGUGUUCACAAACUUCUGCAUUCAGGGGCAAAUGUUCAAAAAGGAAAGUUUUUGGAAACUCCAUUGCAUGCAGCUGCAAGGCUACCUAAUACUGAAAUAGUAAACAUACUUCUUGAGUUUGGAGCAGAUAUAAAUGCCAAAAAUUCAGAGUUUGAACGACCCGUAGAUGUUGCUAUUUCAAGCAGCUUAGUGGAAAAAAUACUGCUACUACAUGAAGUUACUCCAUGUUCUCUUUGCCAGCUGUGCCGACUACGAAUCCGAAAUUAUAUAGGAAAGUCUAGAUUGCAUCUUGUACCACAACUUCAACUGCCAAACAUCUUGAAAAAUUUCUUACAGUACCAAUAAAAUAGUGUAUUGUAUCUCAGAACUUAAAGAAAUAUUCUACAACAUGUUACACAUGAAAAUUAUAUGAUAGGGAGAAGCCUAAACAAGCUUGCCUGCACAUUAAAAUCGUGCCAAACAAAAUUUGGAAUUUCUUGAAGUGCUACUAAAAUGAAAUAUAAAUGUGCUCAUAUUUUACAGAGCUAUACAAAUCCUUUGAAAAAAGUGUUCUGGAAUACAAGGUAAUAUGUGUGAAGGCCUUUUUUUUAAAGAUUAAAGCAACCAAAUAUUUAAGAAGCUGCUCCCAACCAUUUCCCCCUAUGCAGUGGCUAUACAUGCACACGUAUGCAGACAGAGAAAGCAGCAACUUUAUCCACAGCUACCUUAGCAAUUUAAAAAGUUGGGCUUUGUGCACUCCUUUGCAUGUUCCAAAGCAUGUUUUUGGAAGGACUUACACAGCCCUAAUAUUUUGAAUAUGUAUGUAUGUAUGUAUGUAUGUAUGUAUGUAUGUAUGUAUUUACAAUAUAGUCCUUACUGAUUAAUCACACCAUUUAAAAUUUACUUUCGUUCAGUCUAAGAUCCGUGGUGGUGCAAUGAUUAGAAUGCGGUAUCACAGGCUAACUUAAUGCUCACUCCAGGAGCUUGAUUCUAAGUAGCUCAAGGUUGACUCAGCUUUCCAUCCUUCUGAGGUCAGUAAAAUGAGGACCCAGAUUGUUGGGGACAAUAUGCUGACUCUGUAAAAUUGCUUAGAGGGGGCUGCAAAUCACUGUGAAGUGGUAUAUAUGUGCUAUUACUAUUUCCAGGAGACUGUAUAUUGCUUUGCAAAUUGUAAAUUCUUUUUGAAUCUCAUCUUUCUUUCUUAAAAGUUGGAAUGGCAGUGGAGAGAAAGAGAAAUAAAUUAAUGCUUUCAAUCCUUUCCAUAUUUCGUCUCUGUAUAAAUUCCCCAACUUGUGAUCCUAAGGUCACAAGGAACUUUCCAAGGUUUGGAUACAAUUCCAGACCAAUUUUUUUCUGAAACUGAAACUGAAACGGGAAGCAUAAUAAGAUUGGGAGUUGAUUAUACUAAUUUCAUUUAAUAAUUUAAUUGCAAGUAUAUAUACAUGUAAUCUUUGAGAUACAGCUAUAACAGAGCCUACCUAUUAUACUCUCAAGUACUUUUUUUAGAGCAAGUUUUUAUUGAUUUUUUAAUUUUCCCCCCUACACACAUACAUGAUUUAUGAACAGAGUAUUGGCCAUAUCUUAUCUUAUACAAUUCAACAUAUUCAGAUAUAUUUUACUUGGUUACAAUUUUUGUCAAAAUGUUGUUUUUCAUAAUUUUUAUUCAUUUCCUAAUAUUUUCUUGCUCAUUUCAUUAAGUCACAUCUUCUUUUGCCCUUAAGUUCUAAUUUUUCCAUUUUUAUUAGUGUUCAUUCUCUUUCAUUCUUUUUUUUUAACUAUUUCAAUUUUUAUCCUAAUAUAUUCAAAUAUAUUCGGGGUUGCCUUUCUUCCAUUUCAUCUUUUCGUUUUCACAGCAAUCCUUUCUUCUCCUUCUCACCCCUUUCCCUCCCUCCUUUCCCUACUUUUUCCUCUCGUCUCCUACUCUUUCUCUACUUCCCCUUCCUUUCUCCCCCUUCUCCCUACUUCCUCCCUAUUGAACCUUCUCUCCUACUCUUAUUUCCCCUACCUUUCCUCCUCUCCUCUUCCCUUUCUUCUUUCUCUCUCCCUCCUUCUCCCUUUCCAUCUCUCUCCUUCUUAUCUCUCUCCAUUGCUGUCUUUGUUUUCAUUUCAAUGUUUCUGGUGUCCAGACAACCCAGAUUUUUUCAUUUAUUAUUCAUAUUUCUCAAACCUCCCCACCUAUAUUUUAAUUAUUAACGGUCUUCAUCUUAUUCCAUUUAUAUCUUACAAUCAGUUUAUGCAACCUUCCACCUCUUAUUUUCUUAGAGUUUUUGUUCAUAAUUCAAUACUUAUUUUCUUCCAAUAGCGUACAUCAUUUACUAACAUUUCAAUUUUAUUCCCUUUUACAUCUUAAUUUCAAUCAUUUUCAUUUAUAAACCAUAUUACCUUUCACAUUUCAUCUGCUAGAUUUUCCGUUCUUUUAUAUAUUUAAAAUUUAUUUCCUUACCAUCAACUAUAAUUCUCUCUCAUUCCAUACAUUCUCAGACAAAAACAGAAAAAGAAAACAUAUAUCCCAUAUCUUUCGCAUUUAAUUUACUUCUCCUCUUUUUCUAAUUUCCUUCAUUCACUUCAUUUCAACCUUUUUUACUACCUUUUUACAAUAAUCUAUAUAUUUCUUCUAAUUUCCAUUAUUCAAAAAAAAAAAAUUCUACCACUAUUUUAAUUUCUUUUCUACUGUUCAUUUUUCUCCUUUUAACCAUUUUCUUUCAGUCUCUCCCAAAUCCCAUCUCUUAAUAUUUUUCUCCCUUUCUCCUGUUCUUUUAUCUUCUUCUUUCUCUCUUUCUUGCAUCCUCUUUUCCACCUCCUUUCUCUGACUUUUACUCUUUUAAUUUUCCCCCUCAAUUUUUCUCUAUUUCCUCCUCUUCUCUUUGUUCUGUCACUGCUAAUCACAGUGUAAUCAUCUGUUUUUUUCACUGUUUUAAUUUUCCCCAAUAUUUUCUUCUUUUCUUUUUUCCCUUUCUUUUUUAAAAUAUCUUUCCUUCUCUCCAUUUUUAUUCUUUCUCUAUCAAACCCAAUAUGAUCAUCUAUAUUAUCCUCGCUUGUUUCUUUUUCAACAUUAUAUUUUUUUUCUUCUUGUUUCCUCAUAAUUUCCUCAUAAUUUCUUUUUUUAUUUUUAAGCCACAGUUCUGCUUGUUUGUUCCCAUUAAAGGAUUCUCACACCAUUUGAAGCAUCUCUCAUAAUUCCUCCCAGUUCUCCAUGUUUUGAUAUGAGGAUAAAAACUUUUUAGAUUUAUUUAUCUUAACUUACAUGUAGUCCAAAUUCAAGUCCAAAAUAUUGUCUCUCUUUUUUCUCUCUCCCUUUUUUUUAUUUCCAAAUGGAAGCCAGUUCAAAUGUUUUUUUCCCAAUCUUGAUCUUUACCACAAUUGUUCAAACAAGUACUCCUUCAGUGUUUCUCCUCCCCUUAGUCUAAACAAUGCAAUGUUAUCUUUUUUCAUCUCCAGCAAUGAAUCUCUCCAAUCCACAACUCCCAGCAACAAUAUGUCACUCGUUAAUCCACAAAAGCAGUUUCUUUUUCUUCCUCUAUUAAAUCCUUUUGUUAGCAAAAGAUGCUUUUUCUCAGUCUUCUUUUCCUUCCAACAUUUACAUUUUCUUCCAAAACCAAUUUUAAAUCCAGAUGGAACAUUGUUUCUUUUAGUGCUUUUGUCUUAUAGAUCCUCUUUGUUGUUUGUUUCCUCUCACUUUAAGUUUCCGCAUGUCAAUUAGUCACUAACUUCAAGCUGGAAAAUUUUUGAGCUUUAAAAGUUUUCUUCUUACCUGCGAGUUGGCCAAUCACUCGCCCGGUAACUAUACUCUGUCCUGAUCUCGCCUCCUGCUCAAACUUCUUGUGUUGCCACCCCGACUUUGGCACCUUCUAAUGGCUGCCUUUCCUGUCGUUGGGUCAAAGACUGGAUGCUGGUGCUGCAGUGAAUUCACAACUUCCCUGUUCGUCCUGGCCAGUGUCUUCUUUCUUCGCUGUCCCUCCAGGACAGCUAUGGUUCAUUGAGAACCCCCCAAACGGCAGGAAUUUCAGUGCUCAUCCCAGAUUUCCCUGGAUUCGCGUUGUCCCGUCGCGACACUGCCCAUGACUCCUUACACUCCCAAGUGUUGAUGGCCAUUAAGUGAGAUAGCCUUGCUUAACAACCCUCAUCCCCUGCCCUCCCCGAUGUGACCAUUAAAUCAACACCUGGGUUGUUAAGCAGAGGUGGGGGGGACCUUUGGAGGCUUAGCAUAUGCCCAGGCCUGCCUACCCUGGACCUCCCAAAGCCUCCCACCCACACCCUCAAGACAUCUUGUGCUCUACUUGCUGUCCCCUGAAGAACUCCAUGUUUCUCAUGUUGGGGAAAGAGGGUGGGCCAUGCAUCCCAGAAGUGGCCAUCAUUUUCUCCAUUGCUUUCACAAAGCCAUGGGCAAGGGACAAACUACUCCAUUUUGUUUCUUAAUGUGAUCUGCACAGCCUGAUAUCUGAAGAUCUUCAAAAGCUAAGUGUGCAAUGGAUGAUGGGUUUGUGAAGAAUAGGCCCAAGGCCCAUGUGGUCCCAGUGAGGUGGGAUGGGGGAGAGAGUCAGGGGUGGGCACUGCAAUAUCCCUGAGAUUGGGCGUAAGGGUGAGUGACCACAGGGGCUGCAAUGGCCAUAACUUCUAAACGGGGUCAUAACUUUUGGAGGAGGGGAUCUGUCAUAACUUUGAACAGCCAUUAAGAUGCAUAUCUAGAAGGCUACCUUUAAAUUUAAAAUCAGAUAAUUCAGUUUUUGUCCUAGGUGUGCCCAUUUUCUGCUAUAUGCCCCAAUAUUUGGCCUAAUAAAAAUCAUUAUUCUCUGUAAGAAUUACUUUAGUUGAAAAAGAUUCACUUACUUCAUUUGUAAAGAAAUAAUACGCAGCUCUUAGUAGCAGGUUGUCUAUUUAAUAUUGCUGUUCCCAUAGAAGCUACUUACUUCUAUGUUCCUACUGCAGUUGAAAGAAUGAGAGAUUAACUGCUUUUUAGUGGAUUUUUGGUAUUUUAAGAGCUAGAAUGGAAUGAUCCUACAAUGUAUUCCUUUAAAAAUUUCAUGAAAUGCUAUGUAAGUAAUAACAUGAGGAGUAGGGGAGAGUGUCUAUAACUUGUAAAUUUUGCAUAAAAUCUAUUGUUUAGUUUAAUUAUUGUUUGAUAUAUUCUGAGUAAAGAUGAAUGCCUUUCUAUGUGUUAAGUACAUUUUCUUUUUUUCUUUCUCUAAAAUUGAUAUGCAUAUAUAAAACUUGAAAGAUGGUUAAACAAAUAAGUGUAAUUUUAUUUUCAGACUUCUCUGGAAUACAUACUUUAUGAAGACCUACUAUUAUAAA